UGACCAGCUAUUACGGUUUUUUAUAUUAAGUUGCUGCUUGAGAGAAGCUAGCUCACUUUCUCAAAGUACAGUAAAUGGUUUAAUUGAAGCAAGUCUAUCUGAUUUCAAGGCCCGUUCUAUUUCUGUGUGAUACACCUCACUACCUCAUCAGUAAUGAACUUGUGACAUUUGCUAAAGAAAGAUGGGGCUUCUUGGUGUCAUCUCUGAUUAAUUUCUAGUUUCUCCAGAGAACUAUGUACCUGGAUGGUGUGUCACAGUAUAUAGUCUAAUUCGUAUUUUGACACUACAUGAGGAUUCCAAGUGAUUUUACAAGACUAUUUUCCCUUCUACAAAUGUACUCUUCCUUAUAACUUCGGUACCACCACGAUAAAUAGGUAAUAAAGUAGGAGGGAUAAAUAAAGCUCCCCCAGGCAUAGAAUCCUUAGAUUUGGAAGUGACAGAGGCUUCAUUUUCCUAAUGCAGAAAAGUGCCUGUAUCAUGGGCCAGUUUCAUCUAGUCCUGCUUAAACUCCUUGGAGAAUGCACCGUUGUGAACAAAUCAAGAAGUCCACAGACAAUCAAGAUUAGGAGAGGCUAGGUCAGAUACAAUAACAGACACCCUCAAAUUCGCAGUAGCCAAAACAAAGGACUAUUUAGUGAAAGACUCCAAUUCCCUCACAUGGUGGAUGGGACUCCACUUGUGUUCUUUCUCACUCAGGGACUCAGUCUGCUGGAGGAGCCAACAUGGAGAAUUACAGGUUGCCUUGGGCAGUGGUGAAAGAGCAUAGCAAAGCUUGCAGUGGUCUUACGGUCUCCGCCAGAAAGUGGCAUCUGUCACUGGCCAAAACAAGUCACCUCAGCACGUCUGACUUCAAGAGGGAAGGGAGGGGCAGCAAGUCUUGACACGCAGUGAAACAGGAGGCCACAAAGACCUUCCAUCAGGUGACCAGCACCUGGUUCUUUCAGAAUUCUUCCUAAUAUCUGGAGCCAAAUCUUUAGUUUGUUAGCUCAGACUUCACAGUGCCCCAAACAAGCUAGGAAACUUUCUCCUUCCAUGUCUUGCCUUUUCCCUUAUGAGUUAUUCCUUCUGGCAUUCAACUGGUCGAUGUUUAUUUGAACAUCUAUAUGAAAACUCCACUUUUAAGUGCUGUGGGUAAUAUAGGGGUGAGUUUCUUUUUAAGUCUCAUGCUUCAAAAUCCACAUGUGAAUGACUUCUCCCAUAAAGCCUUUCUUGAUGAAUACAUCCCAUACCAAAUGCUCUGAAUUCCUUUACAGUCUCAAACGUAACUGCCACCCUAUUUAGGAUACAGUGCUGUUCUAUGGAAUUCUCUAAUAUGUUUUCUGGUUGAAUGUUUGUUUCUCUCACUAGAUUACAAAGUCAGAGUUAAAGCAGCAUUUUCUAUGACUGCCCUAUGACCCCCAUUGUCAAAACCUUGCAAAAAGACCAGGCACAGAAACAUUUAAUCCUUUUAAAAUUUAAGUGUCUAAAGCAGAAGGAACUGACUCAAAUAUCAGGAAGUAGCUGUGAGGAUGGGGUGGCAGGAAAUGACGAAAACCUGAAUACGGAACUGAAGCAGCAGCUCAGUUUCUCACUCCGAAGUGGCAGCAGCCAGAGAGGGAGUCGGUGUGGACGCGAGGAGCCGGGCGCUUAGAACAGAGGCUCACACAAGUGGAGAUCCACAGAUGCAGAGCAACCAUGCUGCUCUUCCUUCUGCACAGUCCAGAAGGCCGACUAGAACACUGGGGAUGCUCUAGCAGAAUGUGGAAGUCUGUAGUGGGCCAUGAUGUGUCUGUUUCCGUGGAGACCCAGGGUGAUGAUUGGGACACAGAUCCUGACUUUGUGAAUGACAUCUCUGAGAAGGAGCAGCGGUGGGGAGCCAAGACCAUCGAGGGCUCUGGACGCACAGAACACAUCAACAUCCACCAGCUGAGGAACAAAGUAUCAGAGGAGCAUGAUGUUCUCAAGAAGAAAGAGAUGGAGUCAGGGCCCAAAGCAUCCCAUGGCUAUGGAGGUCGGUUUGGAGUAGAAAGAGACCGAAUGGACAAGAGUGCAGUGGGCCAUGAGUAUGUUGCCGAGGUGGAGAAGCACUCUUCUCAGACGGAUGCUGCCAAAGGUUUUGGGGGCAAGUACGGAGUUGAGAGGGACAGGGCAGACAAGUCAGCAGUCGGCUUUGAUUAUAAAGGAGAAGUGGAGAAACACACAUCUCAGAAAGAUUACUCUCGUGGCUUUGGUGGCCGGUAUGGGGUGGAGAAGGAUAAACGGGACAAAGCAGCUCUGGGAUAUGACUACAAGGGAGAGACGGAGAAGCACGAGUCCCAGCGAGAUUAUGCCAAGGGCUUUGGUGGCCAGUAUGGAAUCCAGAAGGACCGAGUGGAUAAGAGCGCUGUCGGCUUCAAUGAAAUGGAGGCCCCAACCACAGCUUAUAAGAAGACGACUCCCAUAGAAGCCGCUUCUAGUGGUGCUCGUGGGCUGAAGGCGAAAUUUGAGUCCAUGGCUGAGGAGAAGAGGAAGCGAGAGGAAGAGGAGAAGGCACAGCAGGUGGCCAGGAGGCAACAGGAGCGAAAGGCUGUGACAAAGAUGAGCCCUGAGGCUCCACAGCCAGUGAUAGCUAUGGAAGAGCCCACAGUACCGGCCCCACUGCCCAAGAAAAUCUCCUCAGAGGCCUGGCCUCCAGCUGGGACUCCUCCAUCAUCAGAGGCUGAGCCUGUGAGAACCAGCAGGGAACACCCAGUGCCGUUGCUGCCCGUUAGGCAGACUCUCCUGGAGGACAACGAGGAGCCCCCAGCUCUGCCCCCUAGGACUCUGGAAGGCCUCCAGGUGGAAGAAGAGCCAAUAUAUGAAGCAGAACCUGAGCCCGAGCCCGAGAAUGACUAUGAGGAUGUGGAGGAGAUGGACAGGCAUGAGCAGGAGGAUGAACCAGAGGGGGACUAUGAGGAGGUGCUGGAGCCUGAAGGUUCUUCUUUUUCUUCUGCUCCGGCUGGAUCAUCAGGCUGCCUGGUUGGAGCUGGGGCUCUGGGGAUCUCAGCUGUGGCCCUAUAUGAUUACCAAGGAGAGGGAAGUGAUGAGCUUUCCUUUGAUCCGGACGACGUAAUCACUGACAUUGAGAUGGUGGACGAGGGCUGGUGGCGGGGACGUUGCCAUGGCCACUUUGGACUCUUCCCUGCAAAUUAUGUCAAGCUUCUGGAGUGACUGGAGCUCACUGUCCACUGCAACUGUGAUUUCCCAUGUCCAAAGUGGCUCUGCCUCCACCCCCUCCCUAUUCCUUUUGCAGAUGUCUAACCAGAUGAGAUUCUGGACAGACUUCCCUCUCCUGCUUCAUUAAGGGCUUGGGGCAGAGAUAGCAUGGGGAAGGAGGUCCCCUUCCCCAAGAGUCCUCUCUACCCUGGAUGAGCUCAUGGACAUUUCUCUUGUGGUCUUGCCUCCUUCCCCAUGAACACCUCUCUACCACCCCAAGCUCUGCUCUAGUCCUCUAUGAGCUCUGGGCUUCCUGGUUUGUUUACCCGGAAAAGAACGUCUAGAUUGUGUGGUUUGCCUGGUUGUGCUAUUUGCCCACCUCCUUCCCUGAAGAAAUAUCUCUGAACCUUCUUUCUGUUCAGUCCUAAAAUUCGAAAUAAAGUGAGACUAUGGUUCACCUGUA